CUGCGUGAUCCUGCGGUCGAAUCCUUUACCGUGAGCCUCGCUGUCUGCCACCACCACCACCCCUGCCACCAAGGCCAUCGCCACCACCGUCGCUGACAACGCCGUCAGGCUGUGGAACUGUUUUGUGGGACUUGGGCGACGUCAGAGCCGAGGUCACGAUGGCGUCUCGCAGCCCUCUCCUAAUGCUGCUGAUCCUCGCGGUAGCCUUGAUGCCCUCUUCUGCUGACCGGGACCCCAUGAACCGGAACCCCAGGGACCCCCUGAAGAAGAGAGUCGCCAGGAACGGGGAGGACACAGAGGCCAAGCUGGAGCUCUAUAGGCAGAGGUUCAAGGAUGACAAAAGAUGUGUUCAGCACCCAGUACCACCCAACGCUCCCACGAUGCCAUCGGUGCCCAGUUCGUUCAUAACGGAGCUGGAGAUCACCUUCCAGGAACCAGAUCAGCAGUUCGUAAUAUAUGGAACUGAGAUGUACAGCCAUCUUGACGAGCGAGGCGUUCUCGACUAUUAUUUCAAUGAUGGAAUUCUGGCCGACCGUCCGUUCCUUCUCUCCGAGCUCAUCCACUACAAUAUCCGGAUGGACGAGGCGCUCUUCAUCCUAACGAACGAAGGCUGCGCCGUAACCGGACUCGACAACUGUGACUCCAACACAGAGUGCCUGGCGGGGAAGAUUGACGACCUCAACAAGGAGAUCCAACAGCUGUUUGGGAUCGUGUCCGUGUCUGGGGAUCAAGGCUUCAUGGGAGCGGCCGGACUGCUCAUGUUCGGAUCCCAGUUCAACUACUCUGCACGUGAGGAAAUCGAAGUCUGUCAUGGCCUGGACUGUUACGUGUUCGAAACGUGCCUCAACAACCCUGAGGAGGAGUCGAGCGUCCUCUACACCUACUACUGGUCCACCGAGGACUGGAACCUGCACAACAAUGGCGAACAGGUGCCCAUCGCCGUUGACAUCUUCGCCACGGGCAAGUACAACGGCGCCACCGUCAAGGAGGUCCUUAUGCGAUACGACUUCUUCAACUUCCGGCGAGACUGGGCGCCCUCUCGUGACGAGCUGGAGCCACCAGCCCACGUGUACUGUGCUGACAGGAAAACCUACCUCGACCCUCCCAAGACAGCGACCAGCUUCUCCUACAAGGCUGAGAUCGUGACGACCGUUGAAGUCUCCUAUCCUGACGGCGACAACCAGACAGUCCCCAUCAAGUUCAGUGGCCUGUUUCCCAUGAAGAUGUGGUACGACUGGAAGAUGCGGAUCACCAAGCAGGAGUUUAACCCACUCAGCCAGAUCAACAACACUAGAUCCUUUGAGAACUACACUUCUGUUGUCCAUGAUUUUAAUCAAGGUCUCGCCUACGUCAUGAUGACCCGCCAGAAUUACUGCAAGAUCACCCCCAUCCAGAACAGAACCAGUUGGGGCGACGUGAGGGUGGACGCCGACGGCUCCGUGUACAUGCAGAGUCCCUGGAACUUCGAGGAGUUGGACGAGGCCAUGCAGUACAACGGCGCUCACUGGGAGCGCGGCCUGGAGGCUGACGUCUGGGUCGGCAUAAAGAAAAACCUUCUACUUAAAGUUAACGAAACUUAUGUCUGGUACUUCGCUUCGCCCCUCACCUACGACAAACUGGGGGCCGCCCCGGGGGCGCCGCUCCCUGUGAUUCCAACGGUUGAUAAAGUCCCCAUCAAGAUGGAGAAGUACUUUACCCAGCUGGAGGACCAGCUGCCCCACGUCACCCACAACUUCUACGGGUUCGACAGCGACGUGCCGACGACCCACACGCACGACAUCGCCACCUGCUACAGCCCCGACCAGAUGCGACACUUCCAGUUCGACAUGCCGUCCAACAGCCUCAAGCUCGUGAGCAACAGGCGGGAGAACUUGAAGUACGCCCUGAUGGAGUCUCUCAGCAACGUGGGCAAGGUCACUCCGCUCAGGAUCAACAGAAUUGAGCUGGAGGAGACAGCGGCAGCCCUACAGGUGGUGUUCACGCUGCUGGAGAAGCCGACAGUACAAGGGGACGCCAAGUUCCCACUCGACGAGAACACCAUGGACGAGGCCGCGAUGGAGAUCCAGAAGACCAUUGACGACUCCCAGCUGGUCGUCAGCGUCGAGGUCCCUAACAAAGUGAAGCCGGUGACCCUGGUGGUGCUGCACGGGACGAUGAAGGAGGUGGAGAGAGACGACGGACACACGCGAGGGACCAACACCCUCACCGGCUACUCACCAGGUGACAUGGCAGGCCUGGCUAUCGGAAUGCUCAUCCUUGGGGGCAUCGUGGGCUACAUCGGCAUCGGCAUCUACUCCUCUAGAAAGUAGACCUCCCACUCGACGUCUACCUAGCUCAAGGGACUGUAGCAGCUUGCUGUCUGUCUUCCCAUCUCCUCUUGUCUUGUAGAUCUGUUAAACCAUACCUUGAGGUGCUUCCGGGGCUUAGCGUCCCCGCGGCCCGGUCGUCGACCAGGCCUCCUGGUUGCUGGACUGAUCAACCAGGCUGUUGGACGCGGCUGCUUCGUUUUCCUCUUCCUACCCAACACCUUUCCUUACCUUCUGCCUUAACUAACAAACGCCAUAGUUUUAGUAUAUUAUGUAAUUUAGUAUAUAUCUAAUAUAUAUUAUAUGUUUUUAAUGUACUGAUAAAAUAUUAAAAAAAUGUAUUGUG